AUGUCGAAUGUCGAUAUGGGUUCUCCCCAGAAGAUUUCCAUCCUUGGCGAGGAGACUAUUAUUGCUGAGUAUGGACUGUGGCCAGAAUUCGUAGCAACGGAUCUGGUCAAUCACGUCCAAUCAUCGGCCUAUGUCCUUAUUACCGACACGAAUCUUCACGAAAUAUAUGUGCCGUCGUUCCGAGCCUGGUUUGAAUCCCAACAGCCGGCUGUUGGCAGUCGGUUGCUCACGUACGCCAUCCCUCCGGGCGAGGCGUCCAAGAGUCGGGAAACAAAAGCCGAGAUUGAGGAUUGGAUGUUGUCUCAGAAAUGUACUAGAGAUACCGUCAUCAUUGCUCUUGGAGGCGGUGUCAUAGGCGACAUGAUCGGCUACGUAGCCGCUACAUUCAUGCGAGGAGUGCGAUUUGUCCAAGUACCAACGACUCUGUUGGCCAUGGUGGAUUCAUCGAUAGGCGGCAAAACAGCGAUCGACACCCCGAUGGGAAAGAAUUUGGUUGGCGCAUUCUGGCAGCCAAGAAGGAUAUAUAUCGAUCUGGCUUUCAUGCAAACCCUUCCUGCUCGCGAAUUUAUCAAUGGAAUGGCAGAAGUGAUCAAAACGGCAGCCAUUUGGAACGAAGAUGAGUUUACGGUGUUGGAACAGUCGGCUGCAGAUAUUCUGGCAUGCGUUCGUUCAAAGGGCACUAAUCGCAUGUUGCCUAUCAAGGACCUUCUCACGCGUAUUGUAGUUGGAUCUGCACGAGUGAAGGCAGAAGUCGUGUCCGCUGACGAGCGAGAAGGCGGCCUGAGAAACCUGCUCAAUUUCGGCCACUCCAUUGGUCACGCCAUUGAGGCUAUUUUGACGCCUCAGCUGCUUCAUGGCGAAGCAGUUGCCAUUGGCAUGGUCAGGGAGGCCGAACUAGCUCGAUUUUUAGGUGUUUUGCGACCUCAAGCAGUGUCAAGGCUGUCUAAGUGCAUUGCCUCAUAUGGACUGCCCACGUCACUUCAAGAUAAAAGAGUAAUUAAACUGACGGCAGGCAAAAAGUGCCCUGUCGAUGUGCUCUUGGAAAAGAUGGCAGUAGACAAGAAAAAUGACGGCAAUCGAAAGAAGAUUGUCUUAUUGUCUCGAAUUGGAAAGACAUUUGAGCCAAAGGCUAGCGUUGUCGCCGAUACAGACAUCCGAACUAUUCUUUCCCCUUCAAUCAGAGUCACCCCUGGCGUCCCUGACAAACUGAAAGUCACCGUGACACCACCUGGAUCAAAAAGCAUUUCUAAUCGUGCGCUCAUCCUUGCAGCGUUGGGCUUGGGGCCUUGCAAAAUAAAAAAUCUUCUACACUCCGACGACACUGAGUUUAUGUUGUCAGCAAUCAAACAACUUGGCGGAGCCACUUAUUCUUGGCAUGAUGCUGGAGAGGUUCUGGAGGUAACAGGGAAGGGUGGUAGGCUGAGUGCAAGCGAAGAUGAUAUUUACAUCGGCAACGCCGGUACUGCUUCUCGAUUCCUCACGACUGUCUUGGCGUUAUGUUCCCCAUCACCGAGGCGGACUUCGACGGUUUUAACGGGCAACGCCAGAAUGAAACUGCGACCUAUUGGUCCGCUCGUAGAUGCCCUACGGCUAAAUGGCGUGGACAUUGAAUACAUCGAGCAGGAGAAGAGCCUACCCAUUCGAGUUCUCUCCGCAGGAGGAUUUCGAGGCGGACUCAUCGAGUUAGCUGCAACAGUGUCGUCUCAGUACGUCUCAUCGAUUCUGAUGGCUGCCCCUUAUGCCAAAAAUCCCGUUACUUUGCGACUGGUCGGCGGCAAGCCGAUAUCACAGCCAUAUAUCGACAUGACCAUUUCGAUGAUGAGGAGCUUUGGAAUAUCCGUUACGAAGUCCACAUCCGAAACGGAUACAUAUCAUAUCCCUCAAGGUGUCUAUAAAAACCCUGCUGAAUAUAUCAUUGAAAGCGACGCUAGCUCCGCCACGUACCCGUUGGCAAUCGCAGCCAUCACUGGAACUACCUGUACGAUUCCGAAUAUUGGCUCGGCUUCCCUCCAGGGAGAUGCCAGAUUCGCGACAGAUGUCCUCCGACCCAUGGGGUGCUCUGUCCAACAAGAUGAAUAUAGCACAACAGUUACCGGUCCAAUUGUUGGACAACUGAAACCUCUUUCACAUGUGGAUAUGGAACCAAUGACAGACGCAUUUCUCACCGCCUCGGUUCUAGCUGCAGUUGCUGAUGGCAAAACCAAGAUCACAGGCAUCGCCAACCAGCGAGUUAAAGAAUGCAACCGAAUUGCAGCGAUGAAGGAUCAACUGGCCAAGUUUGGAGUAACUUGUGCAGAGUUGGAAGACGGCAUCGAAAUUUUGGGCAGGGGCUCGUCCAGCGUACUAGCCCCGAAAACUGGUAUCCACUGCUACGACGACCAUCGCGUUGCCAUGAGCUUCAGCGUCCUUUCUGUGGCGGCUCCUGGGUCGAGCAUUAUCACCGAAAGAGAGUGUGUUGGUAAAACCUGGCCAGGAUGGUGGGAUACCCUUCGACAAUCUUUCAAUUUGAGACUAGACGGUUCGGAUGGAGCAGAGUGUGAGACCAGCCAUGAACCUGUGGAGAAGGUCAAGGCAAGGCGUUCUAUUUUCGUCAUUGGUAUGAGGGGUGCUGGAAAAACCACGGCCGGCAGAUGGAUGGCCAAGUUGCUCAAUUGGAAGUUCGUCGACUUGGAUGAAGAGCUUGAAAGACGGUCUGGAAAAUCCAUACCUGAAAUAAUCAACAGUCCCAGGGGAUGGGAGGGCUUCCGCCAGGAUGAAUUUGAUCUGCUGCGGGAUGUUUCGGAGAAAAUGCCUGAAGGCUACAUAUUUUCUUGUGGUGGCGGGAUCGUGGAGACGACAAAGGCAAGAGAGUUGCUGCAAGGCCAUUGUAGUACGGGCGGCGUCGUUGUUCUCGUCCAUCGAAAUACGGAUCAAGUCAUAGAAUACCUUAUGAGGGACACUACUCGACCAGCAUACACGACGGAAAUACGUCAAGUUUAUGAGCGCCGCAGACCUUGGUACGAGUCGUGCUGUAACCAUAUUUAUUAUAGCCCGCAUUCGGCGAGUCGCACUGGGAGCAGCAUCAUACCCGAUGACUUCGCGAGAUUCGUGGCGGCUGUUACCAGCGGUAACAGCCACAUGGAAACCAUUGACAAAAGAGACGAGAGCUUUUUCGUUUCGUUGACGAUUCCCAAAAUCGACGAGAAUCUUGACCUAAUUAGCACUGCCUGUGUCGGGUCAGAUGCUGUUGAACUUCGCGUGGAUCUCCUGGAUAACUGGGCUGUUGAAGCCAUAACAGAGCAAGUCUCAUUGCUUCGAUUGACUUCGAAAAUUCCCAUCAUCUUUACUGUCAGGACCGUGUCACAAGGUGGCCGGUUCCCGGAUGCCGCCAACGAACAGCGGCUAGGCCUUUAUCGGUUGGCGUUGAGACUGGGCGUGGAAUAUCUAGACGCUGAAGUCACGUCACCUGAUGACAUUUUACAGGAGUUAACAGAGACCCGAAGAAACACUCUCAUAAUUGCUUCUCACCAUGACCCAAGUGGAUCGUUGUCCUGGAAGAAUGCCUCAUGGAUUUCGUUCUACAAUAGAGCUCUCCAGUAUGGCGACAUUAUAAAGCUAGUGGGCAAUGCCAAAAGCAUGGAAGACAACUUUGAUCUAGCCAAGUUCAAAUCAAAAAUGAUGUCAGCUCAACGGACCCCAAUCAUCGCCAUCAACAUGGGCGCUUUAGGGAAACUCAGCCGCAUUCUCAACGGGUUUUUAACACCAGUGUCACACCAAGACUUGCCAUUCAAGGCAGCACCCGGCCAAAUGUCAGCUGCUGAGAUCAGACAGAGUCGUGCGCUUCUUGGUCAAAUCAAAAAGCGAGAGUUCUAUUUGUUUGGAUGUCCCAUCUCCCAGUCAAGGUCCCCAGCCCUUCACAACACUCUCUUCAACAUCACUGGAUUGCCGCAUGAAUACCAUCUUCAUGAAACAAGCUCUACAGAGAGACUCAGCGAACUACUUCGUGACGAAAGUUUUGGCGGUGCUUCCGUGACCAUCCCACUGAAGAGAGAUGUAAUGAGCUUAGUUGAUGAGUUGACACCGGCGGCCAAGAUGAUUGGUGCCGUCAAUACCAUUAUCCCUCUGGACACUAGCGCCUCGUCUGGACAUCGCCAACUCUUAGGUGACAACACUGACUGGAAAGGUAUGGUUUAUACAUUAACGAAGGCCAAUAUUCCCAGCGCAGUGAAAAACGAGACGGCAGUCGUGAUUGGCUCUGGUGGCACAUCACGCGCCGCAAUCUAUGCUCUGCAUUUUAUGGGAUUUGACAAAAUUCACAUCGUUGGACGAGACGCACAAAAAGUUCAAAAACUCGCGUCAGAGUUUCCAAGUGACUACAAUAUCUGUGCAAUUACGGAACAGGCUCAAGCGAGAGAAAUAGCUCAAUCUCCAUCGGUGAUCAUUAGUACAAUCCCUGCGACUCAACCGAUUGACGAUGGCGUACGGAAUGUCAUGUCUAGUCUGCUGUCAUUGAACAUGUUGUCCAAAACGGAGCGCGUUCUUCUGGAGAUGGCGUAUAAACCCCGACACACUCAAAUCAUGGAGAUGGCUGAAAGGGUCGGCAAAUGGAGGUGUAUUCCUGGACUGGAGGUUCUUGCAUCACAGGGCUGGUAUCAGUUUGAAGCAUGGACCGGCAUCCAGCCCUUGUAUUGUCAAGCACGUCAUGCCGUAAUUGGUAAUGACCAGUAG